GGAAGCACGAAGUGGAAUGUUGAUACAUUGUUGUUGUUGUUUUGUAGUUAAUUUAGUACGGGGACACAUUUCGGUUCGACUGCUGGACUACUUUCAGAAUUGCGACAAGUAACUUCAACCCGUAUAGGACGGAAACUUCACAAGCUUUUCCGACCGAGAAUAUCCGCUUUCAUAAGUGUGACGUCUGUGGGAUUCUGGCCAGUUUAUGCAUGCAGGGUAUGACGACUCAGUUUAAAGGAAACAAGACUUUAAAGGUUAAGAAGGAGGUGGGUGAGAAUGCUCCGGCCCUCUGUGAUGACGAGCUGGUGGCCAUGUCGGUGCGUGAGCUCAACACACACCUGCGUGGGCUGACCAAGGAGGACGUGGUGCGGCUGAAGCAGCGGCGGAGGACCCUGAAGAACCGGGGCUACGCCGCCAGCUGCCGCAUCAAGCGGGUCACCCAGAAGGAGGAGCUGGAGAGGCAGAAGCAGGAUCUGCAACACGAGGUAGACAAGCUGGCCCGGGAGAACGCCAGCAUGAGGCUGGAGCUGGACGCCCUGCGCGCCAAGUAUGAGGCCCUGCAGUGCUUCGCCCGGACUGUCACCUGCGGGCCUCUCUCACCAGGCAAGGUGGCCACCACCAGCGUCAUCACCAUCAUCAAGUCUACAAACAACCACAACUCCAGCCCAACCUCCUUCUCAGCUCCCUCCUAGUUGUGACAGAACUGAGCUCUCGUCUCCCCGUCCUGCCUGGUCCUUACCGGUUCUGACCCGAUCCAGCCUGAAAACAAUUGCACCUGACCCAUGCUGAGAGGAAGCUCAGUAAUUAGACUGAGGGAAGGGGGUGGGGUGGCCACUAGCUCUGUGUAAUGAUAACAACAUAUGAUGCUGCAUUCAUUCUCUACUCUUUCUCUCACAUACUGUACAUAAUCUACAUUGUCUGUGCACUGUGCUACAACCGCCCCAGCACCGGCCGGGCAUUGGGCCUCUCUGACCCUCUCUCCUUGACUGAUGGCAGAGAUUAGCUCAUACUACAGUGUGAGUGGAUACUUGAUAUUAUACCCCGCGAUGGCAGCACUGGUCUGAGACAGCUCUGAUGCCUGUGGUAUCUUGCAUUUACAGAGUAUAAAGUAAUAUAUUAUUGUAAUAAUUACCGUAUUAAUAGAUUAUAAACAUUUUAAAAUAACAAACAAAAAAAUGCUGAUCUAAGCCUAAAAGCCUUCUUUCUUCUGUAUAUGAAAGCAUACACUAAUGUCUCAAUGAAAAUUGAGGCAUUGAAGCUUUUGCCUUAAACUGAUCUCGGAAUGAUCUCUCAGUAAUAUUCAAAUAUUUGUUUUUUUUGUCACUCUCAUGCAGUAUGUUCAAAAUAUUUUAAGCUUUAAUAUUUCCAAUUUCAAGGACAGCUUGAAAACCGUAAAAAAAAAAAUAUAUAUAUUUGAGAACUGACCAAGCAUGUUUAGUUGGAUGAACCAGGCCCUUUUGACAUAGGAAAACUUUUACCUGGUUUAGACUGUAGAUUAGACUUGCAGGUAUAUAGCAUUAUAGCAUAGCCUACAUAAAAUAAUACAAACAUACUCAUGGGUUAUCCUCCUUACAGCUGUGAGGAACUAAAUCUACAGUACAAGUCAAAUACAAAUUAGGCUACAUCAGACAAAUGACAGAUCCUUGAACAGCAUUUACUAUUAAACUGUUAGAUCAUGGUGUAAUAGUACCAAAAUCACUUGGUUUGCAAAUGUUAAAUCAUAUAGCUGCAAAUUUACAUCUAAAAUCAUUGGACACCUGAAGCAUCUUUUUGGGAAAUACUGCAGUCCAUUUGUGUAUUACUUUAGCAAUGGGAGAUUGUAUGAUGCUGAUCAUAGUUUGUGGUCUAUCCCAGAAUUGCUAAAGUUGCAGCGAGUUUAUAACUAUUGCCAAGGGUGGCAUAUUUAUUUUAUGAUAAUAAGACAAGCAUUUACCUAUGAUUGUUUGCCUCUGAACUUUCCUCCCCAUGCUAUGCCAUAUUUCAUGUUAGGUAAUCCAUAUUGGAUGUAGUGACAAUGGGAGCUGCCUUGACAAAUGAAAUGCAAUUCAAUGAAUUCCUGUAUAUUACAGACUUAAGGUAGACCCUCUAUUUUAGUUUCAAUGCAAGAUAAGGAAAAUGGAAGCUCAACUGCCUCCUGUCACUUGACAUUGAGAACUCUGUCCUCUUAGAAAUCAUUCCUACUGUUGGGUUGUCUGGAAGUGCUGCUGUCGGUGUUGGUAACUCUCUGAAACGGUAGACAUUGAACACAAAUGCUUUCGACACAGACUUUUGGGUAAGAGGAAUCCCGGCAUAAAACCCAAGAGAAAAAAAACUCUAGGAAUGGUGUCACGACCAAAUCCAAUGGCACGUUAGCUUCAAGUGUUACCCAUAAACAAGCACAGGUUGAGUAUGCUUUUUGAAGGGUCUAAGUUUCAGUUCUAGAUCAUUAUCUAGAAUCUAUAGUUUUUGCAUUUCAGCCCUUAUCGAAGUUCGUCACGAGUGAAGUCUAGAGUUGGCUCUUGUCAAGGUUUUCUCUUACCCCCAGUGGACAUGACUUCCUUUCCUCCCCUGUUUUUUAGCUGUAAAGAUCACAAAGGGGGACUUUGCUGCUGCAUGGCUCUCUGCUAUUUCAGGCAGGGCCAUUGCUGUGCUCUUAUCAUUCUCAUCUUGUGUUUUCAUUUGGCAUAUUUGUUAUUACACUUUAAUUCCCAUGUCUUUUUAUAUAUGUGUGCAUUUUUCUAUAAUUGUUGCUUUUAUUAUAGGUAUAUUAAAUACCUGGGAGUGGUGUGAUCUUGUAAUCAUCCCCUGACGUAAAAUUAUUCUUAUUUUCUGGCCUAUCUCAGCAGGAUAGUACAAUUAUUACCUAUAGCAUCGAUUAAAUCAUAAGGAAUAUGUUCUGCUGACUUUAUAGUUGUAUUUGUGUCUUUUUAAGGUCAGUUCAUAAAUAUUACCUGCAAACUACCCUCGGCUAGUCUGCAAAUUAGGCUGUCUGUGUUUACAGUCAUGACUGUUUUAGAGUAGGUGGAUUGGGUAUAUUUUGAUAGGAAAGACUUUGGUAGCUAAUUGCCAUAUGCCCACAUGCUAUUAUAAGGAAGUUACGUUUGUAUCACAUUGCUAAACUCAAAGACUUUUGAAGUUUGAGUUGAUGCUUUUGUGACAGCUAUGAAACAGAUACAAGUAUUACAAUUUGGAGGAGAAUAUACAGCAGAAUGCAAGUUAUGAAAUUACAGUUGAGGUGAAAACACUUGAAUUAUUUAGCACCCUUUUCUGAGCUUUACACUGACCUCUGCUGGUAGUCUUUAUAAAUGCUGUGAAUAAGCACAUUAUUAAUGAUCAAAUUGUUUUGGAGACUUUUGCAGUCCACUUGCAUAUCAAUUUAUAAAACUUUUAUGCGUUAGUUAUUGCUUUCAAUUUCAUUCAAUUCUGUUCUAAACAAAGCCACAAUACUGUUUGACUCAAAUUUGAGUGCAAACAUAUACUUUUGUGUCAAAAUAAACAAAGUAGAUGCAUUUCUAUGUGCCCCAAGCUGCAUUUCCCUCCCUAGUUGUAUUGAAACUCACUAAAGAUUCAUACACAUCUACACAUGGCUCUGCCAGUUGAAGAUGGAGUAUGGAAGCAGGAGUAGUUAUGUUCUUCCUGCACAGCAGGUGGCUGUGUUAUCCUUCCGUACCCUCGAUCGAGAAAUAAAGAACCUUGCUCCUAGAGUUGGAUUGAACAAUGACUACGGCAAAUUCAUAUGCACAGGGCACUGUAAUGGAACUGCUAGAAACUAGAGGGCAAUGUAAAUAAGAUGUAUUUCUGCCAUGGUUGAUUGCAUCUUUUCUGAUAUGGGCCAUUAUAAUGCAACGGUAAGGAAAUUGGAUAGAUAGUUCAGAAACCAAGUGGGCACUUUUCUAAAUGUUUAUCUUGUACGUUUUGCUAUAUGUUGCCUUUUAGGCUGCCGCGGUUAAAUGAUUGUAUAUUCUUCACCUGAUUUAUAUCUACAUUAUGUUUUAUGUAGGCCUACACAUCUUUCCUAUAUUUGUUCUGUCAGUCCUACAAGCUAUUUGCCAUAAACGGACACAGAACAUACAUGUUAAAUGUCCAGCAGAUGUACUUCUAAAUUGGUAAAACAGUUCCAUGACAUAUAAAGUAUGCUGCUCCAAAGUAGUACUUUGUAUACGUCAACAUUCAAAUGAGUAACCAAGGUGGUGGUGGGUGAAAGAAUAACAGUUGUAAUACAAUGGAUGUUAUGCUUUCACGGCAGGGUAGCCUAGUGGUUAGAGCGUUGGACUAGUCACCGGAAGGUUGCAAGUUCAAACCCCCGAGCUGACAAGGUACAAAUCUGUCGUUCUGCCCCUGAACAGGCAGUUAACCCACUGUUCCUAGGCCAUCAUUGAAAGUAAGAAUUUGUUCUUAACUGACUUGCCUAGUUAAAUGAAGAUAAAAUAAACUCACCAUGUUCCACUUUGUAUCACACAAUUGUAUGUUAACUAAAAAACUAAAAAGUUAUCGUGUGGACUUUCACAGUGAAUGGGAUCUCAAGUUUUAAUGCACAGCCACAACGACACUAAAUUAGACGGUAAUUUGUCUAGUUUGUGGUAGUUAAUGAGGCAUGAUAGUUCUAUUAUACUGCUUUCGAGCUGAUGAUGAGUGUAAAUAAAAUAACGAGGCUGCACUUUGAAGAGAAACCGUACCAUUUGUGACCUUUCAUUACUCUGCUAACUAGUAUGUAUUUUAUUUGAACUUCAAUAUUUAUUUGAUUUUCUGUAAAUUGUAUUUUCAACAUCUAAAUUAUUUGAUUUACAUUCAUUUAUUUACUUGUUGCAUUUAAUGAAAUACCCUCCUGUACAAAUACAAUAAUUUUUGUUUCUGUUUCGAUUGAAAACAAGGAGGUAAAUUAUUCCUGUAAAUAGAUGUCUGUUUUUGUACUUUUAAAUAAAGCUUUUUUUCUCA